AUGGGUUCCCUCCAAACUCCUUUCGGCAAGCCGAUGCUUAAGCAAUGGCUCUUCGACCCAUCUUAUAAAAAUCUCAAUCAUGGUUCCUUUGGCGCACAUCCAGCAGCUGUCCGCGACGCUCAGCGCGCCUUCCUAGAUCUCGCCGAUCUCCGACCUGAUCCAUAUAUCCGGGUCCAACAUACGAAGCUUCUAGACGAAGCGCGUGGAGGCGUCGCGAAGAUCCUCAAUGCGGCCAAGGACGAAUGUGUGUUCGUCAAAAACGCUACUACCGGCGUUGCAACUGUCUUGUACAACCUCAACUUCCAAGCUGGUGAGGUCGUCGUCUACUUUGAGCCUGUCUACGGUGCCGUGGAGAAGGGUCUCGUCUCACUGCAGGAACAUUCUGCUCUCCAGACUCGCAAAGUGCCAUUCCAAUUCCCCAUUGCGGAGAGUGAACUCGAACAACGAUUCCGAGACGUUGUUCAAAAGACGCGCGCCGACGGUCUCACUGUUCGUGCCGCUGUUUUCGAUGCCAUCGUUAGCAAUCCUGGUGUUCGCUUCCCGUUCGAACGGUUCACUGCUAUCUGUCGGGAAGAAGGGAUUCUGAGUGUGAUUGAUGGAGCCCACGGCAUUGGACAUAUCCAUCUUGAUAUGGACAAGCUGCAACCUGACUUUUUCGUCUCAAAUUGCCACAAGUGGCUAUACACCCCUCGCAGCGCGGCAGUUCUAUACGUCCCCAAGCGCAACCAACAUCUCAUGCGCACAACACUCCCUACCUCCUGGGGCUUCAUCCCCGGCGCGGACUCACCUUCCACCAUCGCUUCAGUCCUUCAGGACGCAAACGCAGUCAAGACAAAGACACCUUUCGAAGAACUUUUCGAAUUCGUCGCAACCAGUGAUGACUCCGCAUAUAUCUGCGUUCCCGCCGCACUUAAGUUCCGCCAGGAAGUCUGCGGCGGCGAAGACGCCAUUAUUUCAUACUGUAUCAAGCUCGCCAACGAAGCCGCCGAUGCGGUUGCCGCUAUCCUGGGAACAGAUGUCAUGCAAGAACCAGAUCUGAAGCCGGGUGAGACGAGCAAUAUGCGCCAGUGUGCGAUGACGACGGUCCGUCUGCCUAUUGGCGUUUCUGAUGAUGGAUCUACUGUUCCUGGGGCACCUGUGACUGUCACGUCCAAGGAAGCUCCUCGCGUAUUUGGAUGGAUUCAGACGACACUCAUGGAGAAGCAUGAUACGUUUGUGCCGGUCUUCCGUCAUGGGCCGUGGUUGUGGACGCGACUGAGUGCUCAGAUCUUUUUGGAGAAGAGUGAUUUUGAAUGGCUGGGUGGUAUUCUUCGUGAGAUGUGUGACAAGGUUGCCCGGAAGGAGUACUAA